UCUUGACUCGGCGUCACCUCAGCACUUCACCGCAGUUCUUAUCUCUUGACUCGGCGUCACCUCAGCACUUCACCGCAGUUCUUAUCUCUUGACUCGGCGUCACCUCAGCACUUCACCGCAGUUCUUAUAAGAUAACAUGGCUCGACUCCUCGCUCUCCUCGCUCUGGCCGCUGUGGCGUCUUCGGCCCCGGCGCGCAGCCCAUGCAAUCAAGCCUUGAGGGAUUAUGGCGUCCAAGAGUACAGGAACAAGUGCACUCUCGACUACGGCAGGAUGGCGGCGCGAUAUGCUCCCGAGUGCAAUCAGGGUGGUCCGCAAUACAACAGGGACACUUGUGCAUCUUUCACGGUCGACUAUCGCAAGUGCUUGCUGCGCGAAAACGAACUGGUGUUUAGUUAUACCUACAAUUUCGACCGUGAUACCUUCCAAAAGUACAAGCUGCGCUACAAAUGUGACAGUGAUCCUAAAUUCAAAGCCGCCUUCGAUAAGUGCUACGCUUCUACAAUGAAAUAUUUUGAAUUCAACCGGUUGUUCGGUUGCCUUAUCGACGCAACUAACUGAUUGCCCGGUACGGCUGACGAUGACGGGAAGGCCGAGGCUCCUGCAUUGGACUGAUCAAUCAGUAGCCUCAAACUGGAUGAUCAACGACCCAUAAACUGAUGUUUUGUUUCAGAAGCUAUUCAGGUGUUAUGAAUAUUUAAGUUUUGCUGUGUUGUUUCCUGUUUGUUUGAAUUUUCAAAUAUCUAAUAAACGAGUGAUGCAAUU